AUGUGCACUCGCAGACCGACCGUGACCAGUGGUUCCCCUGCCAGCACUGUGGAAAGAAGUGCAAAACGAAGCACUACCUCAUCAACCACCAGCUGCAAGCUCACGGCAUUCGCCAGCGGCAGAACUCUUAGAGACGGCGCGUGGCCGAGCGCCCGCCCCUCGCGCCCCACGUGCCCCUCGCGCCGCUGCUGCCUCUCACCCCCCUUGCGCCGUUGGCGCCCCCCGCGACCCCUCUGCCGCCCCACGUCUGGUGGUGAGCGCAUCCCGCGUACUCGAUGCCGCGGCGCGGGACGCGUUGGCAAAGCCGGCGAUAAGCGAUUUCGUCGAGGGGAAGGACGGAGGGAGCGAGUUGCUAAAGUACCUGGAGGGGAGCGAAACGGCCAAGAAGGCGAUGUUCAGCGAACGUCUACAGUGCCCGUUGUGCUUCAUGAGUUUGGAUUCACUGGCGCUGGCUCGGAGACACUUGGAGGCACACUAUCCGCGGGACAGUCCAAUCUGCCCGGUCGCCACCUGCGCAAGGUACUUUGCGCAUCCCAAUUCAGUCAGAAACCACAUGCGAAUAAAACACCGCCGCCAGUGGGAAAAGAUGAAAACGUUAAAGUGGAGUUGCGGGUGGGCCAACUAACGUUUGAGAAACUCAUGGAUUGGAAAGUCGGAGCAGGCAACUCGUUCGUCAUUCGGCUAAAC